GCGCGCUCUCGCAAUAUACACAACAAGAAUUUGAUUUGUGUCGCUGUACGUGCGGUAGGCGGAACCCGAGCACUCUUCACAUCCCACUUUUUAGAAGAUUACGAGGACCGUUCAUUGGGAAACACAUGACAGAAACGCACCCGGGAGGCAAGGAGGUCGGACGUAGCCGGACGGAGGCUGUCAGCGCGCAGGCAGGCACAGGCGAGCAGCGAGCGGAGGCAAAAUUCGUGUGGAGAUAUUUGGAGUUGGAGGAGGGCAUUAGUACUUCUCUGAUCCCAAGAGAAAACUAAGAGCUUUGCUUUCAAAGGACCAACAACAGAUUAAAAAAAUCAUAUCACAUCAUUUCAAGAGGCAAAUUAUUAGCUACUGUUAGCAGAUAUGAGUGAGGAUAAACCAGCAGAGACUGCAGAGAACACUCCAGCUGAGGUGAGUGCCAUUCCUAAUGGGAAAGGCCAUGAGCCUGGGGAGGAAAUCUCAGAAUCAGCCAAAACACCACUUGCAGAAGAUGGUGAAAAAGAAACUGUAGCCAAUAGUGCCCAGAAUGCUAGUCCACACAGAACUGAAAAUGCAGACACCAAUCUACCAGAAAGCCAGGAAUUCUUAUCAGCUGUGGAGGAUAAGAAGACGACACGCUUUACAGACUUUGAAGGAAAAACCUCAUUCGGGAUGUCUGUCUUCAACUUGGGCAAUGCAAUCAUGGGUAGUGGAAUCCUAGGACUUGCGUACGCCAUGGCCAAUGCAGGGGUUGUCCUGUUUUUGUUACUCCUAACAGUAGUAGCAGUACUUUCAUCAUAUUCCAUCCAUUUACUGCUGAAGUCAUCUGGCAUUGUAGGUAUUCGUGCAUAUGAGCAGCUCGGCUACAGGGCGUUUGGGACCCCAGGUAAGAUGGCGGCAGGUAUUGCCAUCACGCUGCAGAACAUUGGAGCCAUGUCCAGUUACCUGUACAUAGUCAAGUAUGAGCUGCCUUUGGUCAUACAGGCUUUUCUAAGGGUGGACAAACCUGCAGGUGAAUGGUACCUGAAUGGAAACUACCUUGUGAUCAUUGUAUCUAUUGCAAUAAUAUUACCACUGGCUCUCAUGAAACAGCUAGGAUAUCUGGGAUACACCAGCGGCUUUUCACUGAGCUGCAUGGUUUUCUUCCUCAUUGCAGUCAUCUACAAGAAGUUCAACAUCCCUUGCCCAUUUGGGGGCAAUUCGUUUAACAGCACUACCAGUGGGAUGAAUGUCACAGAUCCUGGUGGAGAGGACAAUCCUGCCUGUAUUCCCAAAAUGGCCAACCUCAACUCUCAAACGGCCUACACCAUCCCCAUCCUGGCGUUCGCCUUUGUGUGCCACCCCGAGGUGCUCCCCAUCUACACAGAGCUGCGCAAUGCCACCAAGAAAAAGAUGCAGCAUGUGGCCAACAUCUCCAUUGCAAUAAUGUACAUCAUGUACUUCCUGGCUGCUCUUUUUGGAUACCUAACUUUCUAUGGUGAAGUGGAAGCAGAGCUGCUCCACACAUACAGCCGUAUUGACUCAUAUGACACUUUGAUUUUGUGCGUGCGUGUGGCUGUGCUCACUGCUGUCACACUCACUGUGCCAAUUGUGCUCUUUCCUGUAAGGAGAGCAAUCCAGCAGAUGGCGUUUCCUAACAAGACAUUCUACUGGCCUCGCCACAUCGCCAUUGCAUUCAUUCUGCUCCUUUUCAUCAACCUACUGGUCAUCUUUGCCCCCAACAUACUGGGGAUCUUUGGAGUCAUUGGUGCCACGUCUGCUCCUUGUCUCAUUUUUAUCUUCCCUGCUGUCUUCUACAUUCGCAUUGUACCCAAAGAAGAAGAGCCACUGCGCUCCGUCCCCAAAAUCCUGGCUGCCUGCUUCGCUGGGAUUGGUUUCCUGUUUAUGACAAUGAGCCUCAGCUUUAUCAUCAUUGACUGGACAUCGGGGACUAGCAAAGCCAGCAGUGGUCACUAAGCACCACCUCCCAUUUCUUUUUUCAGGUUUGAUAUUGUUGAUUUAGUCUUGUGUUGUAAUUUUACUGUUUUUACUUUGAAUCCUGUUUGAUGUUGGAGAUGCCCUUUUUGUUUCCGUAAGACGAUAUUAGACCCACAGAGUCUAGAGUUUUGGGUGGCUCUCUGUUCCUCAGCAAGUGCUCUCACUCUGACGAGGUUAUGUUACACUGCGCAUCCUGUCAAACAGUGACCGUAGAUCCGGCCCAGCAAGCUUUGACGAAAGACUCAUAGUGAGAAAGACUGGUGGUGACACUUGGAGGCUGUGCCUUGGGAGUAAGAUAUUAAAACAAACAACCACAAAAGCAACAAAGUAGAAAGCUGCUGUCUUUAACCACCUGCACCUCUGUUAGUUAUGAGCAUCUGAUCCUCUUACUACUCAGAUUUUAUCCGAAGAUUAUCUAUCUAUAUCUAUACCUGCAAACUCUUACUUAGAUUUGUAAUACGCAAUCUAAAGGGACCUCCCUCUUAACUGUUGAAUGAAAUUUAUUCAUCAAUAAUUCUUUUAUGAUUUUCAUGUCCGUAAGUAUUAUUAUUAUUAUUAUUAUUAUUAAAGUAAUCUGAAAAACUAAAUAUUUACUUUUAUGCACAACUGCAGAGAAAAGUGAGAGUAAAAGAUACCGAACAGAUGGAAGGAAUAAUUCAGCAUUUUGGUAACCAUUGACAGACUGACAGCACACCUCUAUCUUCAUAGUAAAUAUGUAUUUACAGCCAGUGCACAGUUAGUUUAUUUUAAAAUGUUGAAUUAUUCCUUCAAGGUGUGCUGCCUUUAGCCCCCUGCUUCCUUAACCUGUGCUGCUGCUGAUAUUUUUAUGUUUUCUGGGGCUGUUAAAAUCCUCACCUCUGACAGAGCAGGGUGCAAAACCACAAAGUAUAUGGCACCGUGAGCACAUUUACUAUAAUGUUCCUAUACAAUAUGAUCUAGAUCUAUAUUUUUUAUUAUUAACCUCUACUUGAUGAAAAACCUCAGAUGAUGCAGUACAUAUUAAUGGGUUGAUCCUCAGCUCCUGUUAACUGAGCCCAUCAAUACCAGAGAGAGAGAGGUUUCUUGGGUGUCUGGAUUACACAUUAUGUAAAAGAAUGCCUAUAUUGUGCAAAUAGUUUCUCUUUUUCCUGUGUUACUGUGUAAACGACUGUCACAAAUGGUACUGAAAACCUCAUCUGUGAGAUUGUACAGAUCAAAGACGUAGCUGAAAUGAGUACGUUUUGAUUUUUACCUGGGAGAAGAAAAAAAAAAUCAUGUGUUCUUUCUGCACAUUUACCGGAAAUAAUCAGAGAUAACCAAAAGUUGAAUCUGUAUAAAACGACGACAGCAGGGUCACUUAACGAAGUGGUUAGUAGCAGUUUGGCGUCUCGAAACAUUUCCGGUGUGCAGCACGAGCCUGAUCUCUAACAGAGCGACAGGGGUUUUCUGUCUCAUUAUUAAUCUUGCAAAGUCGGCGGUUAGCAAUAGCACUUUUCUUUGAUAAGCACAACUUCUUGUAGCCAUUAAUUUGGUGAAACGCAAACACGAUAUAUUUGAUAGCUGUGAUUUUAAGGGCAUGUCCUUUGCAUAACUAAAUCUUAAUGUAAUGUAGGUGAUGAAUAAGUAAUGUAUCGAUGGUUGUCAAAAACUACUUGAAAUGAUCUCAUUAAUGUUAGCUUCCCUGUAAUCGUUAGUUUUCCGCUUUCAUCUGUUCUUUAAACACGACGACUAAUUUGUUGGAUGUAUUCUUGGAGCUUUUUAAGUGUAUGUGUUUAAAAAAAAAAAGAUGCUCCACAGUAUUUGAUCUAUAUGACCUGUAUGCAUUUGUGUUGUUUAACCUGCACCUAUACUCUGAUCAGAAGUAUAAUUCAAGUGCUCGUCCUCUACCAUUGAUAUAUUAACUGUUGUUUUAAACUCCAUGUUCAAUGUAUAAGUUGAAUCUGAUUCAGUGAUGAAAUAGAAGAUUAUUGUUUUUUGUUUUUUUUUUCUUCUUUCAUUUGUUUUUUGUAGUCCGUGGUAUAUUAUCAGUGGUAUAGUCGGGUCAUGUCCUUGCUGCUUCCUGGCAGGCAGUAAUCUGCUAACUUGGAGUUGUUAGUGAGCUGCCUACAUUUCUUUUCUUCUGCUUUUUUUUUAUCAUAAAUUCUUUUACAUCACCCUACUAUAAGUGCUGCGUGGGUAACUGAAUAUGGUCUGUCUGCUUGUUACACAACAAACCUCUUUUAAUCCAUUUCUAUUAAAUAUUGUCUAGAUGUAAUGUGUAUAUAUGUAUCUGUAUGGGGAAGAAUCAUCUGAAUCAGCCACUGGUGCAUAACUUAGUGUUUGGUAUUGUGUAACCAAUGCAAUGGUUAUAUUUAUUUCCCAAUCUCAUGUUUUUUUUGGCCAUGUAUGUAACGUGACGCCAUUGGGUGAAUGCAGCGAGUGUACAGAAGAGUUUAUAAAUGGUGCGCGCACACACGCGAAAGCCUCACAAAAUGCAAAAAAAUACAAAGAAACACACACAAAAAGAAGCAUCAACAUGUGGGGAUACACUGUGUUAGUGGUUGGUAACAGAUGAUUUCUGAGGACCUCUGUUUAGAGCUAAGUGUUGUUAGUCUCCUCCUCUCCCUCUGUGUGAUUUUUGGAAAUGUGUAUGACUGAAUAGUAACAUAUUAAAUAUUGACAUCAGCCAGCAUCAUUUAUAAAUAAUGUAUAUAAAUGUAUACCCUUUAUAUUCUAUAUUCAUAUCUAGUUUGUAUAAUGUAAAUAGCGAUUAAAGUUUUAGUCCGAUUAAAAAUGUAAAUGUAAUCAUUUUCAAAGUGCUUUUAAACCUUUUUGUCCUUCAAGUCAUGUCUAUUUUCUGGUAUCUCUAUAUAUUUUAAUAUGUUGCUGGCAGUUGUUGUACUGUAAACAAUGUUGCAAUAAAGAUAAAGGGUAACAUGA